AUGAAGUCCGUACGAACGCUGGCGCUCGCCGUACUUCUCUCCUUUGCCACAGCUCAGGCGGCACAGCAUCACCAAAACCAUCACCAGCACCUAGUCAACCGCGACACCCACGUCCUCCUUCCUCGACUUCUUGGUGGUGUCAACGAUCCCUCCUCGGCCUCAGAAACCUCCGAUUCCUCGACGUCGCAGUCCUCAUCUACCUCCGACUCUUCCGAGGACGUCACGUCAACUUCGCGGGCCGCCGCCGCCACCACGACCUCGGCUGCGGCCGCCAGCUCGUCUUCGGCCGCCGCCGCUUCCUCUUCCUCGGCUUCUCGAGCCUCGGCAUCCGCCUCCUCGGUGGCCGCUGCCGCCUCGAGCUCGGUCGCCGCAGCGGCGUCCAAGUCGGCGUCAGCUGCUCAGGAAUCCCAGUCUUCUGCCGCCGCCGCCAGCUCCAGCUCCGCAAGCUUGGCCAGCGCCAGCUCUGCCAGCCUUGCUAGCGCAUCGAGUGCCGCCGCCGCUGCCGCCUCCUCCUCGACCGUUUUCCUCACUCAGACAGUCGCUGCCCCGACCGCGGACCCUACUUCGUCGAGCGAUGCUGCCGCUGCUUCGCAGACCGCCUCUUCCGACAGCAGCUCGGGCGGCGUCAGCACCGGCCUCAUCAUCGGCAUCAGUGUUGCCGGCGGUGUGCUGAUCCUCGCGGCGCUCGUUUUCCUCUACAUGAAGUUUGGCGGCAAGCGCUUCGACGGCCUCGACGACAACGACACCGACAUCAAGUGGCCGGAGCUCAAGCAGGACCCAGACUCGGCCGCGAUGCAGCCCCUGCCUGCGCGACGGACCGGCGGUGCGGGCUUCGACAUGGGCGAGGACUCGGACAAUGGCCACGACGGCGGCUACGGCUCCAGCCUCAAGGGCCGCGACUCGUUCACCGGCAGCACCACGGCGCUCGCGGCCGCCGCCCCCGGCUACCCGGUCAAUGACGCGCACUACGCUGCGGGCGGGAUGGACGCCGGCUACAUGGCCCACCAGCCGGCGAUGCAGCCCGGGCAGUUUUACGACAUGUACCCGCAGAACACGGGCGGCUCGAUGGCUGGCGAUGCCCAGGGCGGCUACCACGGCGGCUACAACGAUUCGGCCAUGCAGCAGCAGUACUCGGACGCCCACCACGCACAGGCCGGAUACCCCAACAACGCCGGAUACCCGGACGGCGCCAACCCGUACGGUGCCGAUCCGUACUCGCAGGCCCAUGCACACGUCAACAUGCAGCCGCAGCAAGGCGGCCAGUACCACUGA